CACACACGCCCAGAAACUUUAGUAUCGUCUUUUGCCUUCAGGCGGCUUUACUUAUCACACGUAGGUGAGAAUUUCCCUUCCUAGCCUAAAGGUAAGCUUUGAAAGAACAUACAGAAAGCCUGGAAGAGGUUUCUAUUAAACCUGGUUAACAGAAUUUAAAGGAACCGAGGUAUCUGGCUGACCACUUGCUGACGGUGCUGAGGAAGCCGUCCACACCGGCCCAGCUAAGAACCAGCAGCGGAAGUGGACCUGCCUACCGCUUGUUACCAUGAUGCUGGCCGCCCGCCUCUCCAGACCGCUGGCACAGAUCCCAGGAAGAACCCUGAGCGUCUGUGAUAGAGAAAAUGGAACAACACGCACGCUGCUGUUCUACUCUGCUUCCUUUGCCCCGCGCCGGACUUAUGCCAGUGAAGUGGACCCGGUUGGCAGCAAGGCUGUCCUGGUCACAGGCUGCGACUCUGGGUUCGGGUUCUCCUUGGCCAAGCAUCUGCAUUCAAAAGGCUUUCUUGUGUUCGCUGGCUGCCUGAUGAAGGACAAAGGGGGUGAUGGAGUUAAGGAGCUGGACAGCUUGAAGAGUGACCGACUGAGAACCGUCCAGCUCAACGUCUGCAGCAGCGAGGAGGUGGAGAAGGUGGUGGAGAUUGUCCGCUCCAGCCUGAAGGACCCUGAGAAAGGGAUGUGGGGCCUGGUUAACAAUGCAGGCAUCUCGACGUUUGGAGAGGUGGAGUUCACCAGCAUGGACACCUACAAGCAGGUGGCAGAAGUGAACCUCUGGGGCACAGUGCGGAUGACGAAAUCCUUUCUCCCCCUUAUCCGAAGGGCCAAAGGCCGCGUUGUCAACAUCAGCAGCAUGCUGGGCCGCAUGGCCAACCCCGCCCGCUCCCCGUACUGCAUCACCAAGUUCGGGGUGGAGGCUUUCUCCGACUGCCUGCGCUACGAGAUGUACCCACUGGGUGUGAAGGUCAGCGUGGUGGAGCCUGGCAACUUUAUCGCGGCCACCAGCCUCUACAGCCCUGAGAGCAUCCAGGCCAUCGCCAGGAAGAUGUGGGACGACCUGCCCGAGGUCGUGCGCCAGGACUACGGCAGGAAGUACUUCGAUGAGAAGAUCGCCAGGAUGCAGACCUACUGCAACAGCGGCUCCACCGACACGUCCCCUGUCAUCGACGCCGUCACACACGCCCUGACCGCCGCCACCCCCUACACCCGCUACCACCCCAUGGAUUACUACUGGUGGCUGCGGAUGCAGGUCAUGACCCACUUGCCCGGAGCGGUCUCCGACAUGAUCUACAUACACUGAUGACCUUGGCCCUUGUUGGGGAGCCCUGGUGGGAUGGGAGGGGGGAAGGUGCUCAUAUAGUCACCUCUUAAUUUUCCACUGUGGAUUAUCCACUGUCCUAAGAGGAUCUAGUAACCAUAGGAAAUAACCCAGCCCGACUAGUUUUUAUAGGGAAUGGCUUGGGCCUUCACCAAUGGGGUGCAUAGUGGCCCCUAACAGGGUCCCCAAACCUCAGGGCAAACAUAGUGCAUCCAUUUAUCUGGAGUUGAUUUCAAACACAGGUUUUGGGGAAACAUCUUUAUAGUAAAAACAGAUCUAUUCUAGAAUAGAAUCCAAAUUCCUUUACACGUUUAAUAUCAGUUCCAAAAAUAUAUCUCAUGUGAUCCUUACGCCAGCCUCACGAGUACAAAGGACAGAAUUUUGUUGUUCUUCUGUACACGAAGAAUUUGCAGCUCAAGGAGGAUAAUGACAUAACCCUUUUAUGGCUCACGAUGGUGCGGGUCGUGCGUUCCUGCUCCUGCUGUCGAAACACGUCACAUUGGUGCAUUCCAGGGCUGUUUGGGGUCCCGUUAGCUAAGAUCCUCUGGCUGAGUCUGCGUCCUCACCUGACCCCACGUACCAUGUGCCUGCCUGUGUACCUCUUCACAUGUCCGUGGUGCUAUGUGACCCAUCCCAGAGCCAGCACUUCAGAGCUGGCCGUGUGGGCAGGGGCAGUCCUUCUGGAGAUUUCCAUCUGUGAUGUCUGUGCCCUCCUUAGGCUUGUGUGGAGGUGCUCUUUGGCUAAGGGGCAGGUUGUUUCUGGUUUGUGUCUUCUUGGGUUUGUCUGGAGUGGAGCUGGGGUUGAUGGGACACCCUUGGCAGGGGCAGUGGUGCCAAAGCUGUGCACCGUGACACCAUCUUCCCCGGGGUGGUUUGGACUCCCUGCCUCUCUCACAUGGUGCUCACACUGACACACACAGCCCUGUCCUGCAGGGCCUUAGGGUCGCCUUCACCAGUGGCCCACUUUCCUGCUGUGGCCUUACUUUUAAUCAAGAAGCCAGGCCAUUGAUAGAGAGGAGACUGUGUUACCACUUCUUAGGUUUGGGUUUGAUGGCAGCCGUCCCUGCAGUUGCUCAGGGCCUGGAUAUCUGGACCCACACCAGGUGCCACCAUCCUUCAUGUGGCUGUAGGCCUAGGGCAGGGUUCCAGGUGCCAACCUCACUAAUCAAACUAGCAUUUCCACCUCUCCCUGGACGGGCUGGACCUGCCACUAGAGGGCGCCCGCCCCCUCUGCAGCCAGAGCUGGCCUCUGCCCGACUCAGGAGCUCCCACCCAAGCCUCAGGUCUCUCAAAGGCUUUAGGGUCCUGCCUUGGAAACUCAGGGAACAAGGAAGCAAAACCCCUUUAGAAACACUUCUUGCAGCUGCCUUGAACCUGGAGCUUGGUGCCAGGAGAAGGCAGAAGAUCCUGGGCAGCUGGGUUGGGCCAUGGGGCUCAAGCAGUCCCAAGGAAGAGGGGUCUCACAAGGGGCAAAUUCAGCCUGCCUUUGGGGCCUGUCUCAGCUCCCUGCCUGUGGGACAAGACCUAGGGGGCCUGGGGAAGCAGGGGCGGGCAGGCAGGCCGGGCUGAAGCCCUCUGGAACCUGGCGUGUUUGUGUAACAGGAGAUGCGGUGUGCCGCAGGGCCCUUUCAGAAUCGCAUUUUUACAUCUUUGGGAGAAUCUGUUUUCAUGCUUAAUUUUAUUAAAGGAAAAUGGAACACUUGGAGUUA